AGAUCGUAACGGCUCGUCGGGCCCGUCUCGCACAACAGACCGAACGUCUGAACCGAUUCAGGGGAGGUCGGAGCUUCCUCUGCAGCUUGUCAUAUCUCACCCAAAAGGCAUUACUACGGCUGAGAGCCAUUAUAUAGAAGCAUCAUCGUUUGUUUCUCUACAUCUCCUAGUUUCCUAUCUUCACUUCAGACCAUCUCUAUCAACACAGUCUCACACCACAGCAUGGCGCCAGCAUCUCAAGAUGGCCUCAAGGUCAUCAUUCUCGGUGGUGGUAUCGCCGGCCUCACCACCGCCCUCGCCCUAACGAAAUUCGCUCCCCAGGGCAAAGUGCCCAAGAUCGACAUCUACGAGAUCCGACCCGAGCCCGCCACCGUCGGUGGUGCCGUCAACCUCACACCCAAUGCCCUUCGUAUGCUCGACCACCUCGGUGCCCUCUCCAUCAUGCGUGAGAACGACUACGGCAAGACCAUCGACUACCUCGAGGUCUUCGAUGUCUACACCGGCAAGCUCGCCGAGUCUGACUUCCAAGGACCGGACAAGAAGGGUGUUGGCAAUCCGCCAUACAAGGCCCUCCGCAUCACGCGUGGAGAUGCGCUCAAGGCCGUCUUGGAGGCUGUGCGGAAGCAGGACAACAUCACAAUGACCUGCGGCAAGCGGACUGUCAAGAUUGACGAGCAGAAGGACAGCGUGACACUCACUUUCGAGGACGGUGGCUCGGCUACUGGUGACCUCCUGAUGGGCUGCGACGGUAUCCACUCCGUUACCCGUCUUAAGCACGUCGAGCCAGAGCGCAAGGCUACCUACUCUGGUGUCUCGAACGCUUUUGGCUUCGCUCCAAUCGACCCGGACUUCAAGGUCCACUUCGAGUGCACCGCCAUCAACUUUGCCCGCCGCGGUAUGCUUCUUACUUCUUACCACAAUUCCAAGAUGGACUCUGUCUACGUCGGUGCCCUCAUGCAGGUGAAGGACGUCGGCUCGCGUGACGGUUGGAAGUCCGUGGGUGCAGACGCAGAGAAGACGCGAGCGCAGCUUUUGGAGCGCUUCGGUGACUCCAAGAUCCCGUGCAUCAUCCCGCUGAUCGAGAAGGCGCAAGAUUUCUUCUUGUGGCCGGUCUUCACGCUUACGAAGCACGGAAAGUGGUCUACUGACCGUGUGAUGUUGCUCGGUGACGCUGCCCACGCCAUGCCUCCCCAGGGCGAGUCAACGGGCAUCGUUUUCGAGGACACCGUCCUCUUCUCCCGCUGCCUCACACGCUGGAUCGAGAAGGGCCAGCCGGGCGGCAACAUGCGGGAGGCUUUUGACGCUUACGAGAAGCUGAGGAAGUCGCGCAUUGAGGUUGCCUUCGAGGAGUCAAAGAACGUGGUCAGCACCGUUUCCGACGCCGGUUGGCUCGGUCACACCAUCAAGACCUACGUUGUCCCGUGGUUCCUGUGGUUCACCCACGGCUACCGUUACAAGCACUUCAUGGAGGAUGUUACGACGGUCGAUAUUGGGUACUAGAUCUUGCCAUUCGGUUCGGUGUUGGGCGGAGGAGAUGGGUUGUUCAUGUAUCUUUGAUUUGAGCGUUGGCAUGGGGUAGGGCGCAAGCAAGCAUAUUGACAGGAGCGAUCGCGCAGUCUGGACAUGUAAGGUGAUCGGUGUCUUGAUACAUUCAAUCAAGCCGCUCUGCUAGGUUAGAGACGUUCAAGACUCUACUCCACAUCUAAUGUAUGCAAACUCC